CUGCUGGAGGGAAGCUAGAUGAGCGAGCAGCGAAGCGGGGCGGGGCGGAGCGGCUUCGGUUCUCCGAUGGGCAGCAUCCUGCAGGAGCGCUCCGCGGAGCGGGGCUCCAUCACGGACAGAGGAUGGAGGAGGAAAGCUUCUAGAAGCAGCAGCAGAACCGCUGGGACCAACAUGGGAAGGAGGCAGCAACAAAGGAGGUCUCCUCAGCCGCAGAGUCCGAACCAGAGGGAGGAGAACCAGGAGCAGACAGUGGCGAGAAGGAAGCGGCGGUCCCGGUCCAACCCGUCCUCCAGCAGUGGUGCUGAGCUCAGACGAAGCGGUCGUCCUGACUGCGGCGGACAGAAGCUGAAGGCGUCAUCAGCUGAGAGGGGCGUCCACAGGAAUUGCACCCCCCCAGGCCGCGCCCCGCCACCCUGCAGCCCCAACCAGACGGACAGCGACACGGACCUGUCCGAGUCUGAGAGACCACACUCCUCCCCCUGUCGCUGUCCGCCCCCCCAACUGCAGCUCAGGCCCGAGGUCAUGGAGGAGGACCAGCCUGCCCUCCAGCGCCAGAGGGUGAGAGGGCGGCGCCGGGGGGGGGGCGGAUUUCCAGACUUCCUCCCUCCACCUUUCAACUCCUGGAGCCUUGGCCAGCUGGCCGUCUUCUACAACAUGGAGGGCCGGGGAGCCCUGGGGCCCCGACCUGUGGGACCUUUGGAGAGGUACCUGGAGAGACUGCUGCAUCUAGAGUGGUACCAGAUCCAGACGGUUCAGGCGGAGCGGGAGGUGGGCGGAGUCACAGCGGCCUGUCAGAGGGCCGGGGCCCCGUCCCGCCUCAGCUCCCCUAAAUGCAUCCUCCACUGCCCGCGGGCCCUCCCCUUCCUGUGCGGUUCCGUUUGCGCUCUGUGCCCAGCGCCGGAUCGCAGCAGGGGACUGGCACCACUUCCUAAACGGAGCUACAGCGAGAGCCGAGUCCGCUCCGGCAGCCCCAGCAGGUCCAGCAGCUACUUACGGAGGAUGCAGGCCUCAGGAAACAUGCGCCAUCCCAUGGGGAUGGCUGCCAGGGCCGGGUCGGCCCCCACGGCAGGGGGCCCCCGGCAGAAGACAGACGGAGGCCAGACGGAACAGAGCCGGACCAAGGCUGAACGAACAGGAAGUCAAACCGGACACCGUCGCUGCCAUCAUAGAUAAAUUGCCCCACCGCCCAGAGCUGUCCAAACAGCAGGCGGGAAGAGCCCCUCCCUGCCGAACCAGAGCUAUCACUGCCAAUCUAUUUACAGAGUUCUACGUUUAUAAAUCCGAUUGAGCUGCUGACCAACAGGACAUCAGAGGAUCCAGGUUGGUCUUCCAGGUUCUCAGGAGGAUCUCUGCAGUCAGCCCCCCCCCCCC